AUGUGGAAAUUGUUGAUUGGGGUACUCAUCGCUUGUACGGCCGUACGGUGUAGUCACUUCAAGUUGAACAAUGUGAUCUGUCGCUGCUACGACACCGCCUACUGCACGUUCAAGCAGUGCGAGCUGACAAUAAGACGCAGGGGCAUGGCUGCCUUCAGUAUGUACACGGUGCUGCAUAAGCGGCCUGUGGACAACAUCUACAUCAAUCUGGAACUGUUCAAGAAGUCGAACGGCUAUCGCUCCUACCUGAUCAACCAGAGCAUCGAUUUUUGCUACUACAUGCGUAAUCCCAAGGCCUACAUAUUCUUUCACGCCUUUCACAAGACUUUCGUGGCUGUCUCUAACUUCAAUCAUACGUGUCCCUAUGACCACGACAUUAUAAUCAAUCGAUUCAUUUACGAGCGGGGCUCCAUGAUAGAUCUGCCCUUACCAAACGGGGAAUAUAUGAUCAACGUCAAACUCUCGGUUUCCAAAAUUUGGCGUGCAGAACUUAAAAUCUUUGUCACACGAUCUGAUUAA